GUCCGCCCCGAAGGUAGGGGUGGUGGAGGUGGCGCGGAAACUUGGCCGUGGCUUCUCGAGAGCUCGUGGCUCGGUUUUGCUACCUAGUACAGACUCGGACGCCAGCCUUCGAGAGUUUGGCGCGCUCCUCCCACAACUAGCCUUGCGCUCUCCGAAGGGGCGCGCCCGCGCUGACCCGCGCCCCCGGCCCCGCCCACUCUGCUCCCUGCGGCUGUCCCUCCCUCCGCCCGGACAGCCUGCGGCGGUGGCAGCGGCAGGCUGAGGCUCCUCCUUCACGCCCUCCUUCUUUCCCUCGCUCGCUGCCAGGCGGAGCCGGCGGACGCGGCUGAGCCUUCAACGCUCUCCGGGCCAUGGCCGGCAACGUGAAAAAAAACUCUGGGGCUGGGGGUGGCGGCGGCGGCGGCGGUGGCGGCGGCGGCGGCUCCGGGGGCUCGGGCUCGGGAGGCCUGAUCGGGCUCAUGAAGGACGCCUUCCAGCCGCACCACCAUCACCACCACCACCACCACCACCACCACCACCACCUCAGCCCCCACCCGCCGGGGACCGUGGACAAGAAGAUGGUGGAGAAGUGCUGGAAGCUUAUGGACAAGGUGGUGCGGUUGUGUCAGAACCCAAAGCUGGCGCUAAAGAAUAGCCCACCUUAUAUCUUAGACCUGCUGCCAGAUACCUACCAGCAUCUUCGUACUAUCUUGUCAAGAUACGAGGGGAAGAUGGAGACACUUGGAGAAAAUGAGUAUUUUAGGGUGUUCAUGGAGAAUUUGAUGAAGAAAACUAAGCAGACCAUAAGCCUCUUCAAGGAGGGGAAAGAAAGAAUGUAUGAGGAAAAUUCUCAGCCUAGGCGAAACUUAACCAAAUUGUCCCUGAUCUUCAGCCACAUGCUGGCAGAACUAAAAGGAAUCUUUCCAAGUGGACUCUUUCAAGGAGACACAUUUCGAAUUACUAAAGCAGAUGCUGCAGAAUUUUGGAGGAAAGCUUUUGGGGAAAAGACAGUAGUCCCUUGGAAGAGCUUCCGACAGGCCCUUCAUGAAGUACAUCCCAUCAGUUCUGGGCUGGAGGCCAUGGCUCUGAAAUCCACAAUUGAUCUGACCUGCAAUGAUUACAUUUCAGUUUUCGAAUUUGACAUCUUUACACGACUCUUUCAGCCCUGGUCCUCUUUGCUCAGGAACUGGAAUAGUCUUGCUGUAACUCACCCUGGUUAUAUGGCUUUCCUGACAUACGAUGAAGUAAAAGCUCGGCUCCAGAAAUUCAUUCACAAGCCUGGCAGUUACAUUUUCCGGCUAAGCUGUACUCGUCUGGGUCAGUGGGCUAUUGGGUAUGUCACUGCUGAUGGGAAUAUUCUCCAGACAAUCCCUCACAAUAAACCUCUCUUCCAAGCACUGAUUGAUGGCUUCAGGGAAGGCUUCUAUUUGUUUCCUGAUGGACGGAAUCAGAAUCCCGACCUUACAGGCUUAUGUGAACCAACUCCCCAAGACCACAUCAAAGUGACCCAGGAACAAUAUGAAUUAUACUGUGAGAUGGGUUCCACAUUCCAACUGUGUAAAAUAUGUGCUGAAAAUGAUAAGGAUGUAAAGAUUGAGCCCUGUGGACACCUCAUGUGUACGUCCUGUCUUACAUCCUGGCAGGAAUCAGAAGGCCAGGGCUGUCCUUUUUGCCGAUGUGAAAUUAAAGGUACUGAGCCCAUUGUGGUAGAUCCAUUCGAUCCUAGAGGAAGUGGCAGCCUAUUGAGGCAAGGAACAGAGGGAGCUUCUUCCCCAAAUUAUGAUGAUGAUGAUGAUGAACGAGCUGAUGAUUCUCUCUUCAUGAUGAAGGAAUUAGCUGGUGCCAAGGUGGAGCGGCCUCCAUCUCCAUUCUCCAUGGCCCCACAAGCUUCCCUUCCCCCAGUGCCACCACGACUUGACCUUCUGCAACAACGAGUGUCUAUCCCUUCAAGUGUGUCUGGUGUUGGAACUGCUUGUAAGGCUGCUUCUGGCUCCCUUCAUAAGGACAAGCCAUUACCAGUACCUCCCAUACUUAGAGAUCUUCCACCACCACCCCCUCCAGACCGGCCUUAUUCUGUUGGAAAUGAAACCCGGCCUCAGAGACGCCCCUUGCCUUGUACACCAGGCGACUGUCCAUCCAGGGACAAAUUACCCCCUGUCCCGUCUAGCCGCUUUGGGGAAUCAUGGCUUCCUAGGCCAAUUCCCAGAGUACCAGUAGUUACCCCAAACCUUAGUGAUCCCUGGACAGGGAGAGAAUUAACCAACCGGCACUCACUUCCAUUUUCAUUGCCCUCACAAAUUGAACCCAGAGCAGAUGUGCCUAGGCUCGGAAGCACGUUCAGCCUGGAUACCUCCAUGAAUAUGAAUAGUAGCCCAUUAGCAGGUCCAGAGUGUGAGCACCCCAAAAUCAAACCUUCUGCAUCUGCCAAUGCCAUUUAUUCUCUGGCUGCCAGGCCUCUUCCUGUGCCAAAACUGCCACCUGGAGAGCAGUGUGAAAGUGAGGAGGACACAGAGUAUAUGACUCCCACUUCCAGGCCUCUAGGGCUUCAAAAGCCAGAGGUGAAAUGGCCUUCAGAGACAUGCCAGAGUUUACAAGCAUGUGAUUGUGACCAGCAGAUUGAUAGUUGUACAUAUGAAGCAAUGUACCAUAUUCAGUCCCAAGUGGCGCCACCUGACACAGAGAGCAGCACUUUUGGUGAAGGUAAUUUGACUGCAGGCCAUGCUGUCAUUGGCCCGGAAGAAUCAGAAAAUGAAGAUGAUGGGUAUGAUGUCCCUAAGCCACCUGUGCCAGCAGUGGUGGCCCGUCGAACUCUCUCAGAUAUCUCUAAUGCCAGCUCCUCCUUUGGUUGGUUGUCUCUGGAAGGUGAUUCCACAAACUUCACUGAGAGUUCCCAAGUCCCUGAGAGGCCUCCCAAGCCAUUUCCUCGGAGAAUCAACUCUGAACGAAAAGCCAGCAGCUCUCAGCAAGGUGGCGCUGCUGCUUCUGCUGCCACCACCUCACCACAGCUCUCCAGUGAGAUUGAGAACCUGAUGAGUCAGGGAUAUUCCUACCAGGACAUUCAGAAAGCUUUGGUCAUUGCCCACAACAACAUUGAAAUGGCCAAAAAUAUCCUCCGGGAAUUUGUUUCUAUUUCUUCUCCUGCCCAUGUAGCCACCUAGCACAUCAUCUCCCUGCUGCAGCUUUAGAGGACCAAUGACCUGGGAGCUCUUACUUGAGUAGUACCUAAAGGGCAGAGAGGUUCCUUUGGAGACUUCACAAUGAAGUUUAGCCCUGUCUGUGGGAUAUCACAUCUGUGGUUCUAAGAUUGCAAAGUAGUAGAAUGAAAAUGGAGCAGCCAGUGUGUUUUAUUUUAUUUGUUUUGGGAGUACAUUUGAAGGAGUCCGUCUGUUCCCAGUUAGAGAGAAUGUGGGUUUUUUGUUUCUUUGUUUUGUUGUUUUUUUAAUGGUAGCCUACCUGGGGAACAGUACAGAAAGCAGUAAGAGGAAUAUCAUGCUAUAAAUCCUAAUUGAGGAGUUGAGACUUUCCUGGGCUUAAGAAUGUGGUUGUGUAUAUAUGUUUGUCUGUGGCGGUGUGUGUCCUGUGAUUAUAAAAUUAACCUGCUGUCUGUGUUAACCCCAGGCAGGGAAUACUAGCACAAGAAGUUUAGGAAGGAAUUUUAUUAAAACUUCCAUAUACUGUGGUGUUAUACCCAACCCCAGUGUGUAUUACAACUUUAGCACUCCCUUGUGGCUUGGAUUAUCAUAUGCAUGAAGUCAUGUAAUUUUAGAAUACCUCCCCUCUAUCCUUUCCCUGUUUCCUCUUUCCUCCUCCUCCUUGGUGUCUCACAUUGGCAGUUAGCUUGCUAUGACCAGCCUUACUGAGCCAAGUGAUGUAUAGGAUUUCUUUAUUGUAUGUGAUGGUGUUGGUUUGCUUGAAAGGGAAAAAAAGGUCCUGUUGCUAUAUCAUUCUAGUCAUGUUUGAUACUAGCAGCUAGUACUAGCCACUCCAAAACACUGUUUCUGUAGAAACAUUGAAUCUGUUGAAAUAAGAUGUUUAAUUAUUCUAACUAUAAUGAGUGAUUUGAGAUAGAGGCCUUCAAAUACAUUCCAUGCUCUCUCCAGAAAAUAGUCUGUGGGAGUCAGUUGCCUUGGUACUAGGUAUGCUUGUGUCUGAUGUAGGUCAUGAGUGUUUCUACUCAGUGGGAAGGGAAAAACUUUGGUUUCUAGCAUAGCUUUCUGACCUAAAUGCCAGGAAGCUUGAAUCACAGGCUCUCUGCUUUGUUAUCCAUAAAAUGCACCAAACAGACAAUAAGGGUUCAUCUGUUCACUUUUUGUUCCCAAUGAAUUAAAUCCAGCUUAUAUGGGUGUCUUCCUGUGAACUGUGAACAUGAGCCAGGUUAUAUUUUUCUGUAGUGAUUGUUUUGUUUUUUUUUUCCCCCUUUAGAAAUGGGGAUACCAUCCAUGGUAACUCAGCAUUUUACUACCCAACAACUUGGUUUUCACUUGUGCCUAUGGCUUUGGGAAUGUAGCACCUCCUUCCUCUUACCUCUUUCCCUUUGGUCCUAUAUUCAAUUUAAUAACUGGGUUCCCCACAGUAAUUAGACAUCAUUUAGUGUAAUAAGUGACUUUACUGUAGUCAGGGACAAUAUGUGAACAGCAAGGCAGUUUGGUGUAAUUUGCCAUUCCUAAAGCAGAUUCAGAUCCAGUGUAGGGCAACCAUUAGUUUUUGUAAAUACUACCAAAUGGCCCCUCAAGUUCAGGUCAUUCUCUGCCCAGAGUCUUUCAUUGGCUUCCCCGCAUUCUUCCUUAUCAGAAGCAGGCCCUCUUUUUAUUGAUCUACUUUCCUCAGACUCUGAAUCAUGCUUUUGUCUUUAGAUCCACAGAAAUGACUCUCUUUAUAUCUCUUUCUCAUCUUGUUAUCUUUAUAACUAAAACUUUUCUAACUCUUCUUUUGGCUUUUAGCUUUUGGUUUUAUCCUCUUAUCCCAGAGCCAUUUGCAUUCUCAUGGUAGACAAUACGGGUCUUGUUGCUUUGCCAUGGUGCCCUGUAUCUCCUGUGUGGUGGAGAAUGACAUAACCCACCAUCGGGUGUAGGAGGUCCUGAACUGGAGUGGAGGGUAGAAGAGAGUGGCAGUGUAUAGGAAACAGUAACUUGGCUUCUUCUAAAAGCCAGACUUGUGUUUCAUUUGUGGUAACAUUUAGUGUUGUGUUUUGUUGAGAUAUUGAAGGCCUAGACAGAGAACUAAAAAAAUGGCAGCAGGUUCCAUGCCUUACCAUACAGGGAUUUCCUUGUCUGUAGAUACUGCCCAUAAUCUGAAGCUAUAUCAAGAGACUAAAGCCCUGGUUCUGUGUAUUUAUUGCCCUUUCAAAGUGCAUUCAAAAUCAUCUUUGGAGGUUAUGUCCUUGCUUAUAUAGACUAAGGGCAACUUCAUCCUUUCUUUUCCCAGUGGAGUACUUGUGUGGCUUUCGGGGCCCUUCCUGAACUGGGGUGCGAGAUCCUUGUGUUAAACAUGUACACCAUUGGUUGGAGUAUUAUCUUGUCGGUUGUGUAUCUGUAGGCAUUCAGGGUUUUAGACUAUUCUGUGAGGCUUUUUUUCUUUGGGCGCUUUGAGGGUACAUCCAGGUCCAUGCCUGAGAUUGCCAGGUGAGCCUCAGGAAACUUUUCAUAUGGCUCUUGUUCUGAGGACAGUCCUAAAACUUUAAUUUCUUAAAUUUUCUUUUGAUUACAGCCCUAGUAACUUGUUCCUCAAACUCCAUUUUUAUGACAAUUUGUAAUUCUUUGGCUCUGCUCUGAAUUAAAUUAAAAUUGCUCUUUCACAAGCAGGCUUCACUUUGAGUUUUGCCAUUUUUGACAAACUCAUCCUUUUUCCCUCCUAUCACAGAUGAUUCUUCCUCUGUUACUAUCAGGUAUAUAAGGUAAAACCACUUUGAUAUUUCCCUUUUUCUUAAAUGUAUUAGGCUAUUCUGUUAAACCCAGUCUUCUGCUGUCCAGGGUUGCUUUACUAGCUUCCCACAUUUACUGGGCAGCUGCUGUGCAGGACUUCCAGUGAUCUGCCCAUCCCAUCUCCCACUAAAGCAUAGAGCUCUCAAAGUGGAAAAAAUCUGUAGGCUCUGUGUUAUACCACCCUUUAGGUACAUAAUAGAUUGAGCAACUUAUCAUCUUGCAUUUAUCUAUUACUCCUUAUGUAAAUAGUGGAUAGUCAUUCUCUCCCACAGCCCUCUCUUUCCUCAGCCCCACUGUAAACAUUCUACCAUUCUUCUGAUUGCUCUCUUCUUUUAUAGACUUUCAGCACCAGGGCCUAGGAUGUAUCAUUUUGCUGUUUUGUGGAU